AGUGCGAAAGUAUUGGAAGAUGGCGAGGACGAGAUUCGAAAGGCAUUCGUGAUUAAGACCAAAGAGUAUGUGGAAGCUUCCGGCGAGGCUUUAAUCGCGAACAGAAAGGUCGUUGCUCUUCAACGGUUGUUGACUAAAGAGACGAGGAAAGCUUACCAGGAUCGAAAGGAAGCGAUUAAGAACGAGAGCUACUUGAACAAGGCGUUGGCCGAUAUCACUAAACACAACAAGAUUCUCGAGCGCGAGAUGUCGAUAUUGCAGAGUAAUCUGUUCAAUUCCGUUAGCUCGACCACCCACAACGAGUUGAAAGAGAAGCACGAAGAACUGAGCAUACGCUUUCGAAAUUUGAUGGAGAAUAAUUUGAUGCUAGGCAAUGACGACGCGACAGACAGAUUGAAGACAGAGUUGGAAUUAACGAAACGGGAGAAAGAUCAACUCGCGGAUCACUUGAAAAGAGAGACUCGCGGCGAGGGCGGUGAAGACUCAACGAAUUCGAUUGAAAAACUGAAGGAAGCUCGGGCGAGGGAGCUUCUGGAAAAGCAACGGGCUGACCACGUAACCAGCCUGCGCGAGAUUUUGCAGACUCAGUUGUCGAAAUGCGAGGAGAAUCUGAAGGAGGUAGCUGCUGCUAAGUCUGAACUGCAGGAAGAGCUGAUCGUUCUGCAUAAAAGAUUGUCCAAAGAUCUGCAGUUCGAGAGAGGAGCUGAACAAAUGGACGACAACAGAGUGCAAGAAUUAAAGGACAACAACGCGACCCUUCAGAUUGAGAUAGAGAGUUUGAAGAAGCGACUGCAGAUCGUUCAGGAGGAAGCCAAGCAGCAAUACUCGUUGAAUUCGUUGAAAACGAUGGAGCUGGACAAUCUCAGGCAUCACAUAUUAAAUUUGCAAGCUGUCAGCGAGGACAAAGCCACGAUCUCGAGGCUGGACUUCGAGCUGGCGAGUAAAAAUUUAUUAGAGACAGAGUUGAAUGCGCAGAAAAUUCGAUUGGAGAACGAGGUGUCGUGUCUGCAGGAGGAGCUCGAUAAAUCGAGGACAACUUGCGAGGGAUUGCGCAGUUACGUACAGGAUUGUCGGAAACAAUGCGACAAUCGUUGCAGAAUGUACAUAGAUGUCAUAGGAUUUCUGCAAAAUCAGUACGCUGGUUCGACUUCGAUCAGCGCUUUGGACAGAGUAGUCUCGUUGUCGAUGAAACUGAAACACGAACGUCGGAAUAUCGAUUCCGAGGUGAAGAAAACGAGACAGUGUCACGAGAAUGCUAAGCAGCAGCAGGAAAUGCUAACCAAUCGUUUACAAAUCGUUGAGAGUUUGAAAGAUAUACUGGAACAACAGAUCGGAAGUAACAGCGUCCAAGAUAUCGUGCAACAGUUCUCGGAAUAUUCGCAGUAUACUAUGAAUGACUUUAAGUACAAACGAAAGAUAACGCAGCUAGAGCAAGAGCUGCAAACCGCAAGCAACAAAUUCAUGGAGUACGAAUCGGUGAUAGCCGAGAUGGAGCACGAAAUGAUACAGAUCCAGAGAGCGUGGAACAAGGGCCAGGAUCACCAUUCCAAAACCGGGACGCUUAACGUAGCUAGUCAAACGUCGCUGGAAAGCAGGUACGCGUCAACUCAAACAACCGUGGAAACGAAACCAAGAGGAAUGCAAACGGAUCCUUACGCGUGUUGCUUGGAAAAGGGGGAAACGAACGAAAUCGAAGUUCAGACGAAAGAAGAGGAACGAAUGGAAGAAAAGGAAGAAGCCAUUUAUUCCAAAGAGAAAGCUGAGCAGGAAGUAAAUGAAGAAGAUCCAGCACGUAGAGAAAGAAGCACGGAGAAAGAGAAAGGAACGGUAGAAAGCGUGGGAAAAGCGAAGGAAGAAACAGUGGAAAAGAAAGGGGACGAUCAAGAGGUUUCAUUGCUCCGAGAGCAGUUGAAUCAGGCAUUGAAGCUCGCCUCCGAGCGUUCCUCCGCUUUAAUCAAGUGUGAACUGCAGUUAGCCGAGCAUCAGGCGAAGGUUGACUCGCUGAACAAAGUAAUAGAAAGCAAGGAGCUGGAGCUGGCGCGGAAAGAGAAGCUGGUCGAGGAGGAGUACAAGCUCUUGCCUCGCGUGCAAGCUUCACCCGCUGGCGAUUGUAGCGAGAAGCUGGCGUUGAAGUCGACGAUAAACAGCUUGCAGAAGCUGCUCGGUCAGAAGGAGGAGACCAUAGCCAGAUAUCAGAAUCUAUUAAAGGAAGACAGAGACGAGCACAGUAACGCUGCGGCUCGUCUACAGGAAGAAAUCCGAGGUUUGCGCGCUCGUAUUCUGUCCAUGCAAAGCGAGACGCGGAGAAGCCAACCACAGAGAGUGGACGAUGGAAGAGACGAGCCGGAGAAGUUGAUCGAGAAGGUAGAAGAAACCGGGGCGAGGACUGACGAUGUCGACAGAAUGAGAAACAUCGUUAUGCAGGCUGAAGAGGUUGCUAGAUUGCAGGAGAAGGUCUCUACUUUGGAGGCAGAUCUGAGCAUUACUAGGGAAUUGAGCGAUCGGUGGCAUCGGCUGGCUGAAGAAAGGCUCAAACAUAUGGAUCGUAUGAGGGAAAGAUUGGAAGAACAACACAAGAGCGAACUGGAAAGUUAUCUUGGAGAAUUGACAAAAUGGCAGUCAGAAGCGGAUACGCUACGCAAGCAAUUAUGCGAAAAUCGUAUGAUGGUGACGAAAGGGAAUAUGUCUUUGAUGAAAGAGAUGCAGGAGAAGGACGAUAAGAUAAAUCAGCUUAAUUUCGCGUACCAGGAAUUGCAGAACGAGGUCGAAUUAAUGGAAUCCGUGACUCGAUCGCGACAAGCGAUAACUCACGGCGACUCCGAGUUGAAGAUACACGAAAUUACACCGAGUCAGGACAGUUCGCAGCAACAGGAUCAUACAGACACUGUGAGGAAACAAUUGCAAUCGUUGCUGGAGAAAGAGAAAAUGUACAAGAAUGAGAUAACAGAGUUAAAGGAACAGCUUAGUCGCAGAUACAUGACAGUGAAGGCUCAAGAAAAGAAAAGCUCGCAGCGUGAAGUUCAACUUGAGCGUAAAGUGAAAUCCCUGGAGGAAGAACUUGAGAAAGCUCAGGCGCAAUUAGACAGAAAAUACCUGGCCCAGGAGGCAAAGAAAGCCAAGACGGCGGAAGAACUCUCACUGUGGGAGAAGCAAAAGAAGUGGCAACAAACCGCCGAAAGAUUGAAGGAGAAGCUGAAGGAAAAGGCAGAGGAGCACUCGAGAUUAUUCACGAAUUACGAGAAACUUCGGUCGGUGGUCUCGUGCAUGGAAAGAGAGAAACGAUAUUUAAAGAGUAAAUUGAAGCUAGAGAGCGGCACAGUAGCUGGAAAUUUAUCAGCUCGGCCGAUUAGCUUUCGGCAAAACAUCAUGGAAGAUCUGCAGAAAGAGUGUCAGACGUUGCGUGAACGCAUCAAGGAAUUGUCGGACAGAUUGGAGAACGAGGAUAACGAGAAACUUUUGUUAAAGGUCGAAGAACAAAAGAGGCGUAUCGCCGCGUUGGAAACAGUUUCUCAGGGUAACGGCUAUGUUGUUAGUCAGUUGGAGAAAUUGGAGAUGACGAAAGAUAUUUUAGAGAAAAUGAACUUGGCGUUGGAGGCCGAGAAUUUCGAGCUUCGUCUCGAAUUGGAAAAAGCGAUUGCGGACACGCCUAGGUUGAGGGAGAAGGUUGAACAUUUAGAGAAAUACAUAGAGCUGUUAAAAGUAGAAAAAUCGUCCGACUCGACUCCACGGUCGUCCGACAAAGACCUGCAGGACCACGGUUCGAAAAAGUCCAUCCUAGAAAUGGAGAGGACGAUCUUCACCCUGAAGGGCAUCAUCGAGAAGCUUCACGGCAAAGUGUUCGUCAAUGGUCGAACCGAGGCUACGUUGCAAAAAAAUUACGAGGAGGCGCAGAAACGAAUCGUGGCGUUACAAACUGAUUUGCAAUUGGCGGAGCAGAGGGUGGCCGCGUUAGAGAAGGUUCAGAAGGAGGAGGAUAACGGUGAGAUGAAAGUUUUGAGGGAGCAAUUGUACCACAAAUCCGAACUCCUGAACAAAGUGAAGCAUUUAUUAUCGAGGGCAGCCACGAACGAGAAAACUCUUCGGCAACGUGUAAAUAUACGUUUUGUACGCGUUAGGGAGGGAAAGGGAGAAAUAUUAGUUGCACGUGAAAUGGCAUGUUUAAAUUGUAUUGUUCGAAAUAUUUGGUAUUACUCAAGUUAAAUUCUAAUUUAAUAUUUAUAUUACUCGAAGUCAAAAUUUAAAUUAUUUCAUCAUUUUAAUUUAACUACAAGUAAUUUAAUGUUAUUUAAUAAUAUUUUAUAGUAUGUAAUAGUAUUUGACUUGUUCUUUAAUAUUAUUCGCUAAAUUCUGAUUUCCAAACCGAUUUUGGCUCGGUAUUGUUUAAGUAAACCGCCGAACCUUAACUCGGAUAAACAAUAUCAUUGGCGAGACUGCUAAAUGUAAGCCGAAAUUGAAAACGAAAACACUUUGUUUCUUCGAGCGUCCGAGUACGUAACGACGCAGUUUCAGUUGACGAAACGUCGCGUAAGGACACAAUUUCGAUACGCAUUACGCUCGGUAGCUUGAAAUCAAUUAUUCCACAGUGGUGAAAAUGUAUCGAGGUGAGUGGAAAUUAUUUCGCAAUUCGACGUUGAAACUUAUCCAUUUCACGUGCAACAAUACAAUAAUUCAAGACGGACGGAACACAAAAGAGAGAAACUUACGAAUAAUUUCCAGGUACAGCAACUAGAAUCGAAACAGGCGUUGUCUACGAUACCAGAGUGUCGUGUAACUCCACCUACUACCGAGUGA